AUGGACCAGGAAGAGGAGAAUGUGGGCUCUGCCUGCAACAAGGCUGGCUCCCCAGACCAGGAGGGCUUCUUCAACCUGCUGAGCCACGUGCAGGGCGGCCGGAUGGAGGAGCAGCGCUGCUCGCUGCAGGCGGGGCCGGGCCCAGCCUCUGACAGCCAGAGCGCCCCUGCACCCGAGAUGGACAGCCUCAUGGACAUGCUGGCCAAUACCCAGGGCCGCCGCAUGGAUGACCAGCGAGUGACGGUCAGCGCCCUGCCUGGCUUCCAGCCUUUGGGCCCCAAGGAUGGAGUGCAGAAACGAGCUGGGACCCUCAGUCCCCAACCCCUCCUCACCCCCCAGGACCCAGCUGCUCUCAGCUUCCGUCGGAACAGCAGCCCCCAGCCCCAGACACAAGCCCCCUGA